GGACAGUGUCCUCUGUUCCACUUUCGGUUUGAAAAGAGCGCAGAAGCGGCGCUGUGAGCUGAGCUCGCUGCUCUUCUGGAAGGGAGGCGCUUUGGAGGCUCGUUUAAAAGCUGAGCUCAGCGUCUCGCCUUUCAGCCUGAGAAUGUCCGUCCCGCCCGGGCGGGGCUGUUGGAGAUGGACCUCCGGAGAGGCCCUUCAGCUCAGUCGGAAGGUCUAAACAGUCUGAGCUGGUCCAGGUGGAAGCGAUGGCUGAUGGGCUGUGUCUGCUGGUGAACAGUGUGGUGGAGGCUCUGAGUCAGGAGGAGUGUAGAACCCUGCGGUACCUGUGCUCAGACCUGCUCUCGGCCAACUGCGCUGAGGACUGCAGAGGAGCUCUGAUCACCCUCAUGACUCAGACUGCCCACUCACGGCCCAGAGACACUGUCCUGAAGGAGGUCCUGUUCCGACUAAACCGCUUCGACCUCCUGAGAAGGCUUCUGGGAACCACCAGGAUGGAUGUGGAGGAGAUGCUGAAGGCGAGGGGGCGUGUUCUCUCAGAUUACAGGGUUCUGAUGAUGGAGCUAAGUGAGAGUUUGGACACAGCUGAAUUACAGUCCCUCACCUUCCUGCUGAGCAGCUCUGUACCCAGAGGCCCGCUGGAGCGAGCUACGAGUUUCUUGGACGUUGUGGCAGAGCUGGAGAAGAUGGAUAAGGUUUCAUGUGAGAAGCUGGACCAGUUAGAGCAGUAUCUGAGGAACAUCAGGAGAGUGGACCUGGCCAACAGGAUACAGUCAUACCAGAGAGAUCAGCACAGAACUCAACGAGAAGUUUCUCAAAGUCCAGCAGCGCGUAACGGAACACAGGUUGGUCUUGGUCACAGUCACAAUCAUCGAGCUCCAGUGAGGAAACAGCAGCCGCUGCCUGAAGAAUUUAAGACUCUGAAGCUCUCAGUGCCUGAAAGUGGAGUGCAGCGCUCAGAGGUUCCUGUGGAUCAGCGCUACACUGACUCUGAGUGCGGAGGUGUGUGUGUGAUCAUCGACUGCGUUGGCUUUGAUGGAGAUCUGUUGAAGGACACAUUUGAGCGACUCGGUUUCCGAGUGCACCUGCACACGCUGCUGACCGCGAGGGAGCUGAGUUCAGUGUUGAGGUCAGUGAGCGAGCAGAGGGCGCUACAGCGGGCCGCGACCUUCUGCUGCUGCCUGCUGAGCCGCGGCUCGGAGACGCACCUGCUGGCCACGGACGCUGAGGGUCCUGGAUUCGCUCUGACUGACCUGCGGCAGAUUUUCUGCCCCACGCGCUGCCCCCUCCUGGCGGGAAAACCCAAACUAUUCUUCACCCAGAGCUAUGUGGAGGCUCCGCCCACUCUGGAGCAGGAAGACCCGUGCCUGGAGACGGACGGAGUGCCGUACUGCGCCGUUCCCACCCACGCUUCGGCCAGAGAAACGCUACCGGCCGCUGCAGACGUCCUGUGGAGUGUGUGCACAACGUCAGCCUGGCAGCUGGAGAGGCGGGACCACCACUCAGUUUACCUGCAGGCGCUAAGCUCCGCCCUCCUCCGAGCACACGAGAGGAAGCUUCAUGUGCUGGACGCUCUUAUCGAGGUGAACAGAGACGUUUAUGAGCACAAUCGGCAAAAUCCAGAUAACCUGUACCACCUCAAACUCAGCCACACACUACGCAAGAGUCUCUGCUUGUAACGCAGAACCACAGAACCGCAGAACCGAAUUCAGCUCCAUUAGACCUUAAAUAAGCUACUUUAAUGCUGCAUAGCGUUUAACACUGCCAUUAUUUUACACACUUAUUUAUUUGGUGUUUAAGUGCUCACGCUGACGGACUCGUUUUGAAACCAACUGAAUGCGGUCAGGCAGAAAGGACAGUGUCGUUACUGUGAAGAGCAUUUAGUGUGUUUGGUUAUUUCUUUAUUAGGCAGCUAAUAAUAAACAGAUACUUUGAUAAUUAGCUAAAGAAGAAUAAUAUAUACAGAGCAGCUGUUUUGUAUUUUAUAUAUAUAUACACACGCAAAGUUUAAGUUCUUUUUAUGGAAAAUGAAGGUUGCAACUAACUGGCCGUCUGCCGCGCUACGUUAAGCGUUCAGGACUCAAGGAAAAUGUGGCUGUGUUGCUCUUCAGUCUGGAGCUCAAUUUACAGAAAAUAAUUGUAGUUCAGAUCAGAAUCUGGAUUGUUAAAUAGAUUUGAAGUGUUACUUGUUUCUUUAAGUGAACACACACUUUCAGAAAUGUGACCUCUUGUAGCCACAAAGUCUGAAAUGAAGAUGAAUAAAAUCAGAAUUUUUCCAGUUUUCGGUGCAAAAAAAGGAACAUUUCUGUAAAGAAGUGAAGGAGAAUUAAAGAACACACCUGAUUAACCCUUUAACACCUGUUAACACAGCAGGUUUCCUCCUCAAACACACACUGUUCUUACAGCAGCACUUACUGUUGAUGAAGUUGAGAAAGUACAGAUUAGUUGAUCAAUCAGUUAAUCAGUUAAUCGAUCAGACGCAGUUAUUUCUCUACAUGAUUGAUAAGGACAGUGAAGAGAAACUGCUGUAAAGCUUUACUUCUUUUGGUUUAUAAUAAAAGUAUCAAUGUCAGACCCUAAAAUCAGCAUCAUAAUCAAUAUCUGCACUUACAUGAAGUUUAUUAAUGAGUAUAUUAAUAAUUAUUGAAUAGUUGCAUCUGCUUUGAUAAAGGCUUCAGUUCAGUUAUUAAACAUUUACGCAGCGACUUAUGAUAUUUAAUAUUUUGUUCAUUUUUUUAUAUAAUAAAUUAUACAGUUUUUUGUUUACUUGCGUGUGAAAAAUUCAUAAACAUGAAACAGGUGUAUGCUGGUAGUUAAAAGCUCUGGUCAUGUGACCUUUUACAUCACUAACCAUCAAAACAGAUCAAAACAAUCUAUAAUUGAAUUUAUAGUUUAUGAUUUAUUGGUCUUGGUUGUGAGAAUCUGGUGAGGUUAAAGUGUUUAAUCCAUCCAGAUUAAAGAGUCCUGAGAACCACUGAAGUGAGAUUUUCUGACUGUGGACCAUAAAUAUGAGUGUACAUACGAAUAAACACACUGUUAAUCA